AUGUCAACAAAUGUUAACGAAGACAGGAAAAGGCUGAAGGAUUUAAUAAAUGAGGCUGUUAAUCUCGAAAGAGAAUUAAAACAAGAACAGGAAAAAAGGAAAUUUAAUAAAACCGAGAACUUAAUAGAUUCGGAAGAUGCCGAAUUUUUACGGAAUAGUCUUAAAGACAUUUAUGAAGAUAUUAUUUUAAUUGAUCUUAAAUUCGCCAACGAAAACAACAUCGAAGAAAAACUUUGGCGCUAUGUGUUUUAUAAUCCUAUCGAAGAACUCAGGCAGAAAUUACGCCGAAUCAACAAACACGAAAAGACAAAUGAAUACGAAGCGGCAUAUCUAGAAAUGUGUCGUUAUCUUGACUUGGGAAAUGGAUUUUAUCACACUAUCGUAAAUAACUUAAAAAUUCGUGAAAACAUAAAUUUUGAUCAGAUUGGAAUUGAAAUUUUUAAGAAUAGUACUCCCACAUCACCCCUUAAUUCCCGUCCCGCGUCCAAAAUCCGAAAGAAAGAACUCUCAUCCGAAUGUAUUCAACGAUGCCUUAUUAAUCUCGGGGAUUUAGCUCGUUAUCGCGAAAUGAUUCAAGAAUCCAACGACAAAUGUUGGGAGUUUGCGAGACAAUUUUAUACCACUGCUGCUCGAGUUUACUGUGACAAUGGAAAAGCUCAAGCCCAAUUGGCACUUCUUUCAAUGCUUCGAGAUAAAGAUAUCGACAUUGUUUAUUGGUAUUGUUUCAGUCUUUCUACAAAACAACAUCCGAGUACAUCUUUAGAGAAUUUAAAAGUAUUCUACACAAAAUUUACUCAGCGAGCUCAACAAAAUAAUCUUGAUUCGGAUGUUAUGCCAGAAAUCAACAAUUUCCAAAAGAAAUUCUUGGAAAUUCAUCGUUGCCUAUUUGAGGAAGAUAUUGAUAGUUUGUUGAAGCAUGAAUUUUUCCCUGAAGAUCUUAUUACAAUAUUUGAACAUUUGUUAGAUUCUCAGAUAGACAAACAUAAUUUAAUUUUAAUUCUUAAAAAGUUCAUUUUUAUCCUUAUAUUCACUAUCUGGGAUAUUCGCAAUGGAUCAAUCCAAACACGUAUUAUUGAGCUUCGUAACUUGCAAUUAAUAGCUAUUGGAUUAUCCUUUGGUCUUUUAACUCCAGUUAUUAAUAAAUUCAUCUUGAAUUAUGAGUCUGGAUCAUCAAUAGAAUUGGAAUAUUUGGCGGUAGUAUCUUUAUGGUGUCAAUAUUUAGGGACGUUGGUUGAUUCUAUAUGUCAAUUUUAUACAUACGCAAAGUCGGUAGAGAAUGAAACUUUAUCUCGCAUUUUUUUAACGAAUUUGAAGAAUUUCUUUAAAUCAGUUUCUAGUAUCCUUAAUCAUCCGAAAAUAUCUUUUUUAUUGGGGGUUGAUUAUGAUCUUUUGGAGUUGGCUAAAAAUUCAGUUUCUGAAGAUUUAGAAUUCUUAGGCGUGGUUCCUUUGCGUACCCUACAGCAAGAAAUCAUUUUUACGUCAAAAGUUGAUCCACUAAAAAUAAGAAUAGCAAGAUUGAUUUUAUUUGGAAGAAAAAUGGCAGAAAAUAAAUCAUUUGAUAUAUUUUGUUACAAUGAAUCGACGGGACAGUAUAUAUUGGUUGAUGAAGAAACCAAGAAGAAGGAACGUCAAAGAACCAUGAAAUUGUUGGCACAACAAUUUUUGCAGGAUCAAGUGAAUUCAUUAGAAAAUAAUUUACAAAAGAUAGGGCAUCCCUCACAACGACAAGCCAUCUCAAAUUCUGGUCCACCUUUAAAGAAAUACGUGGUCGAUACAGGGGUAAUGCUUAAUCAUUUGAAUUAUGUCAAAAAAUGGGUCAACGAAAGGAAAUAUUCUGUUAUUGUCCCUUUAGAUGUUAUUGAUUCCUUGGACCUUAUUAAAAAAGGAAAUAGUCAAGAAAACGUCAGAGCUCGAGAAGCCAUUCGAUAUUUAGAUCAGCAAAUAAAAAAAAGUAAUCAUCAAGUUAGUAGUAGCCCUGAGCAAAACCAUAUUGAGCAUUUCAUUCGUGCACAACAAAUUGAUGAAAAAUUGCCUCAAUGGGCUUUCGCAGAGGGAUAUCUUGUUGAUGACGGAGAUCAAGAUAAUCAAGAUAAUAUUGGUGAUAAUGAUCAAACCAAAGAUUUCGAUGAAGAAAAAUCCGAGGAACGUCAAAGGAUCAUUAAUUCAAAUGAGAAAUUUAACAUUAAUAAUAUACCAAAAAUGUAUCGUCCAAUGUUGAGUUGCUGGCUUUAUUAUGCACGAUUGUCAAAUAUUGAAGAGAUAUUUUUCGUGACGGAAGAUCAAGAAUUAACUAAAUAUUCUAAAAUGUUUGGAUUGCCCGUUGUUGGAGUUGAAAAUAUUUAA